UCACUUCAGACACGUCAUUGCUGGAUGAGGAGACUAAAACGGAAUCGGGAUCUCUUCACAAUAACUUCAAAAUAAGUAGAAAGUAACAAAACAAAAGAGGCACGAGUAACGUUUAGGAAAACUCGUAAGCUACUCUUAUUGUUGUUGAUUUGGAGCAUGUGAGAAGAUAAACGAGUUGAAUCGAUUCUAUCGGACGGUAUUUGCACCUUCUCUGGAUGUGGUCGCACGGUUUUUUACGUGAAACUAGAGUGAAUUUCGAAAGGACUUAAUUUAAUGUUAAUUACACAUUGCUGGCGGUACUGGGGCUGCAUCCAGAACACACGCGAAGAGAGGAGGAUAGCGGAGAGGCGUGCGCUUCUGGUGUAUAGAUGGGGGGAAGGAGAAUAAGUAGAGCCUACUAUUUCCAUGUAAAUAAUGGCUUACCAUUGAGCUUUCUUUGAGGAUUUAACGGCAUCUGCAAAAAAAAACGUUUGUUUGAAAGAAGUGGACAGCUCAUCUUCCAUGGAGGUUCAUUGCAAUUUUGGAGACUUGAUGUGUGACAAAAACGGACCGCACAAACGGAUUGAGCUCCAGGAUUACGACACUAUUCUGCAAGAUGAUCGUUGUGAUGAGCAUGGUGACCCAACCUCCAAAUGAGCAUGUCCCCAGGCAAGAGGCCAAGACUACAUUUUCCAUCUAAUUGUCCUGACUUCAGGUGAUUGGAAUUAUGGGGUGAUUUCCAUCUCUACAAGCUGACAGAAACAUGGAUUUGAACUUCUCCAUGGUCCGUGAUAGCGAUAAUUUGCCAGAGAGAAACUCAUCCAAGCGUGUUCUGACAGGCUGUUUUCUCUUUGCGCUCAUCCUGACCACACUGCUAGGGAACACGCUGGUAUGUGUUGCCGUCACCAAGUUCCGCCACCUGCGUUCAAAGGUCACCAACUUCUUUGUGAUCUCUUUGGCCAUCUCAGACCUGCUGGUGGCCAUCUUGGUGAUGCCAUGGAAGGCAGCGACGGAGAUCGUGGGCUUCUGGCCCUUCGGAGCCUUCUGCAACAUCUGGGUGGCAUUCGACAUCAUGUGCUCCACAGCGUCCAUUUUGAACUUAUGUGUCAUCAGCGUGGACAGAUAUUGGGCGAUCUCAAGCCCGUUCCGCUAUGAGAGGAAGAUGACACCCAAGGUGGCAUUUAUUAUGAUCAGUGUGGCAUGGACUCUGUCCGUGCUUAUCUCCUUCAUCCCUGUGCAGUUGAACUGGCACAAGGCUGCAGUGUUGGAGCUCAACAGCACUUAUGGGGAGCUGCCUCCGGACAAUUGCGACUCCAGCCUUAACAGGACUUAUGCCAUCUCCUCCUCCCUCAUCAGCUUCUACAUCCCUGUGGCAAUCAUGAUCGUGACUUACACCCGGAUUUACAGAAUUGCCCAGAUACAAAUCAGGAGAAUCUCAGCCCUGGAGAGGGCUGCGGAGAGUGCCAAGAACCGCCACAGCAGUAUGGGGAACAACUCCAACAUGGAGACGGAGAGCUCCUUCAAGAUGUCUUUCAAAAGAGAAACCAAAGUCCUAAAGACCCUCUCUGUCAUAAUGGGGGUGUUUGUAUGCUGCUGGCUGCCCUUCUUUAUCCUCAACUGCAUGGUGCCCUUCUGUGAGGCCAACAGCACCUCUGAUUUCUUCUGCAUUAGCCCUGCUACAUUUGACGUGUUCGUCUGGUUCGGCUGGGCCAACUCCUCACUCAACCCCAUCAUAUAUGCCUUCAACGCGGACUUCCGCAAAGCAUUCUCUAUCCUGCUGGGUUGCCACAGACUCUGCCCGGGCAGCAAUGCCAUAGAGAUAGUGAGCAUCAACAACAAUGGAGCUCAGCCACCUGCGUCCCAGUAUCAGCCUAAAGGGCACAUUCCCAAGGAGAGAAACAAUGCCACCUAUGUGAUUCCCCACAGCAUCCUGUGUCAGGAGGAGGAGCCGCAGAAGAAGAAUCAGGUUGGGAUUAAGACCUUGGAGAAACUGUCCCCGCCUCUUUCUGAAAACUUGGACAGCGAUGCAGAUGUGAUUAAUCCUAUAACUCAGAACGGCCAACACAAAACUGUGAGAUGUUGAUUGGUGUAUGUAUUGGUAUACAAAAAUAGAAGGAACCCACAGAGGGAGAGACCAGGCAGAAUACCUAGCAAAGGUGUGGGGUAUACAAACUGAGCUUCACUGCAAACCUUAAAUCUCUAAUCACUAUGGAAAUCUACAGAAUGUUUCAAAUGAAGGCACUUUAUCCUGGUUAACUAUCUGCAAAACACCUUCAGCAUUUAUUAAUGAAGUAUAGACAGAUGUGUUGAUAAAUGUUCCAUAACUUGAAUAAAGAAAAAAUAAAUACACACAUGUAUACAUGUGUUGUAUUUACAAAUACGUAUACAUUUGCAUAUAUGUACAGUAGUGAUGUUACAAAUAUCCUGGAUGCCAUUAUAACAUGGAGAAAGAAGUAGAAAUAUUAGCUAAAUGUCUUGUAAGUGCUUUACAUUUAUGUAUACAGUGUGUUUCAUAUUCUCCGUUGAACUAUAAAGAUAAUUGGUUUUGCUA